AUGGGCUCCGGUUCCUCCAGCUACCGGCCCAAGGCCAUCUACUUGGACAUCGAUGGCCGCAUCCAGAAGGUGGUCUUCAGCAAGUACUGCAACUCCAGUGACAUCAUGGACCUGUUCUGCAUCGCCACUGGCCUGCCUCGAAACACAACCAUCUCCCUCCUAACCACAGACGACACCAUGGUCUCCAUCGACCCCACCAUGCCUGCAAAUUCAGAACGCACUCCCUACAAAGUGAGACCUGUGGCCAUCAAGCAACUCUCUGAGAGAGAAGAACUGAUCCAGAACAUGCUGACUCAGGUCGCCGAGCAGUUCUCAAGAGCUUUUAAAAUCAAUGAGCUGAAAGCUGAAGUUGCAAACCACCUGGCCAUGCUGGAGAAACGAGUGGAACUGGAAGGACUGAAGGUGGUAGAGAUUGAGAAAUGCAAAAGUGACAUCAAGAAGAUGAGGGAGGAGCUAGCAGCCAGAAGCAACAGGACCAAUUGUCCCUGCAAGUACAGUUUCCUUGAUAACAACAAGAAGUUGACACCUCGACGGGAUGUCCCGCCUUACCCCAAGUACCUGCUCUCUCCAGAGACCAUCGAUGCUCUGCGGAAGCCCACCUUUGAUGUCUGGCUUUGGGAGCCCAAUGAGAUGCUGAGCUGCUUAGAGCACAUGUACCAUGACCUGGGCCUGGUCAGAGACUUCAACAUCAACCCCAUCACCCUCAAGAGGUGGCUGCUCUGCGUGCACGACAACUACAGGAACAACCCCUUCCAUAACUUCAGGCACUGCUUCUGCGUGACUCAGAUGAUGUACAGCAUGGUGUGGCUCUGUGGCCUCCAGGAGAAGUUUUCCCAGAUGGACAUCCUGAUCCUGAUGACCGCAGCCAUCUGCCAUGAUUUGGAUCAUCCAGGCUACAACAACACGUACCAGAUCAACGCACGCACAGAACUGGCUGUCCGCUACAAUGACAUCUCACCGCUGGAGAACCACCACUGCGCCGUGGCCUUCCAGAUCCUUGCCCAGCCCGAGUGCAACAUCUUCUCCAAUGUUCAGCCAGAUGGGUUCAAGCAGAUCAGACAGGGGAUAAUUACACUGAUCUUGGCCACUGACAUGGCAAGGCAUGCGGAAAUCAUGGAUUCUUUCAAAGAAAAAAUGGAGAAAUUUGACUACACCAACGAGGAGCAUAUGACACUGCUGAAGAUGAUUUUGAUCAAGUGCUGUGAUAUCUCUAACGAGGUCCGCCCGAUGGAAGUGGCCGAGCCGUGGGUGGACUGUUUAUUGGAAGAGUAUUUUACACAGAGCGACCGUGAGAAGUCAGAAGGUCUUCCUGUGGCCCCAUUCAUGGACCGAGACAAAGUGACCAAAGCUACAGCCCAGAUUGGGUUCAUCAAGUUCGUUCUGAUUCCCAUGUUUGAAACUGUGACCAAGCUCUUCCCAGUGGUUGAAGAAAUAAUGCUCCAGCCCCUUUGGGAAUCCAGGGAUCAUUAUGAGGAACUGAAGCAAACAGAAGACGCUGUGAGAGAGCUGCAGAAGCAGACUGAGAGGCUGAUGUCGGGGGGCACCGAAACAACAGGAGAAAAAAGUCAAGACAUGAAAGAAACAGAAGGUAAUGCAAUUUCCGAAUUGGCUUCUCAAUGCAUGCAGUCAAUUAGACUAAAAUAG